GUGCCCGCGGUGUACCAGCUGUUGCUAUGCAACCAUUAUCGCGUCGUUUCGGUCUGCGACACGAUGGCGGCAAGAAGUGCUGAUAAAAAGGUCCAGCCCUUCAUUUCGCAGGUCAAGAAACGUCCAUCCUCUACCAGUAAGGCUGAAAGGUCCAAAAGAGUUGAAUUAAGGGCACAGUCAAAAUCUGCUUCUGGUCAGGCAAAGAAGCACACAGAUGAACUUUUAGCCAAAGAAGAAGAGUAUAAAUUCCUUAAUGCAGAGCUGGAAGCCAAAACAGCAGAUUUAGUUAGACAGGCUGAGCAACUUAUGAGAGAACAAAGUGAAGUUCUUUCAAAGCCUUUAUCCAAUGUCCUGCUCACAGACACUGAAGAAGAAGAGACGUCCAGGAUAACAAAGACUCACACAUGUGCUGUGCAGCAGCCUGGUGUGAAGGAGGCGACCAAAAGAAUUGUUGCAUCAAGAUCACAAAAUAUGCUGAGUGGAAAACAAGUGAAAGAUCCCCACUUUAAAACUGGGAGCUCAGAGGAUGAUUUUGAAGCUGUAGAAGAUUCUGCUAAUUUAUUCUUGGCAAAGACAAUUCACAGCAUGGAGGAGAAAAUGAACAAUGCUGUAGUUCAUGAAAAUGCUGUGGAUGAAAUACCUAACUUUGGAGACAAUGUAGGAUCAGGAGUUUCAGAAGCUCAAAUACGAGUCCUGAAGGCAAAACUCCGGAUUAUGCAAGAGGAACUGGACCAGAUCUCAUGUGAAUAUUACAAGAAGGACGAUGAAAACACAAAGCUUAGCGCAAAGAUUAAGGAGCUGGAGGAGGAUCGAGCCCGGCUGCAGAAGACCGUGAGCAUUCAGCAGACACAAAUCGAGAAGCACCGAGCUUUAGCCGCAGAGUCCAACAAAAAAUGUGAUGGACUUCAACUGGAAGUGUCUGGUUUGAGCAAGGAGAUAGAAAAUCUGAAUAGAUCCCACAAACAAGCAGCAGCUGUCCACAGCACGGUAGAGGUCCGCCUGAACCGAGCUCUAGAGGAGGUGGAGAGGCUGAAGACUCAAUUGAACAAAAUGAAACAGGAGAAAAAGGACAAAAUAACUGAGGAACAUCAGAGUAAAGAAAAUUUGCUGGCUGAAAACAAAAUGCUAAAAAAGCAGAAAGCUGAACUCAUCAUGGCCUUCAAGAAACAACUGAAGCUAAUCGACAUUCUCAAAAGGCAAAAGAUGCAUUUUGAAGCUGCUAAGCUGCUGAGCUUCACAGAAGAAGAAUUCAUGAAGGCUCUAGACUGGGGGAAGUAAUAACCACUGAAUGUCUCCACUUCUAUUUUUUAAAAGCUAAAAAGCUUAACAGUGGUCACUGUUAUUUUAGGAUACUUCUUUGUGUUGUAGGCCUCAGUUGUCUCUCAGAACAUUGUCAGAAAAAAUGAUAAGUAGAUUUGGUUUGUCUCUUCAGUUAAACAUUGGCAGACUGAGUUGCCACGUCUGUUUGGAAUGAUGUUAACUCAGUGCCUGUCAGCACCUCUUAAUAAAAAUAUGGCCCUGAA